AUAACGCCAGAGCAGCCUGGCUCCUCUGCUUUUUACUAAGCAGAUAGUUGCCUGCCUGGUAAUUAUAAACACGUUCUGCCAAAGAAAUGUGAGAAGAGCUGGAAGCCUGCUGUUUGGAGACUAUUUUCCUAGUAGACAUCUAGAAGGUCUCCAGAGAUCUAUUUCGGCCUCACACCUAUCACCAUGAAGAAGAUCAAUAGGAACUCUAUCAAAAGGAUCAAUGAACGAGAUGCCAUCUCCAUCCCACGCUCCCAAAAUAAAAGAGAUCUUCAAAAUGUGCCGGACGGAGGAGAGUAUGCCCCUUUUGUAUCUCCUCCCAUAUUAGAGAGCAAUUUUAUCCAGGUUAAUAGGAAAGGUGAAUCCAUUUACCUUCACAACCGAGCCAACUGGGUGACUGUAGGCAUCUGCUCUUCCAGUAACACCCACAAGACCCCCAGUGUGAUGCUUCUGGCUCAUCUGACCCCUGAAGCCCAGAAAGAUAGAGGAUCCCAAUUUCAAAGACUCCUGACAUCUCCUUCUCCAGAGAAUCUGGUGCUUACCAGGUUCCUCCCUCUGCAGUUUGUGACUCUCUCUGUGCACGAUGCUAAGACUAUGCGCCUCAAAGUAAAGCUGGUCAGUGGUCGAGCCUACUACCUGCAGCUCUGUGCCCCUGCAUCUAAGGAGGACACCCUAUUCCGUCAAUGGGUGCAACUCAUCUCCCUCUUGAAUCAGGAGAAGGCCAAAGCUUCCAAACUGUCAAAAGUCUCAAGCCUCUCAGAAAUCACCACCAGCACAGAUAUCACAGGUUCCGUGGACAUCAUGGACAUCACAGCGUUCGCAGCCAUACAGACCCCACACAUGUACGAAUGUUCAGACCCUGUACGCGCUGUAGAAAGCAUUGAUUUCUCAGAAUUCACAGAUGUCACCGAUGUCACUGAUGUCACCGACGUCACAGAUGUUCCAGAAAAUGAGAUCACAGAGGCCCCAGAUAUAAAAAUUGUCACAGAAGUCAGAGAAGUCUGUGAUGUCCUGAGUGACUCAGAGAUUACAGUGGUGUUUGAAAACGAUGACGUGCUAAGGGCCAAGCAAGAGCACAAGGAAAAAAUGGAAAGCAUUCUUAACCCUGGAUGUCCACGAGAUACAAAAAUUAAGAAUGAUAUCAAAGAAUCCUCAAAACCUGUCACCAUCUCAAAUGUAACACUGACUUUCGAAGGCGAACAAUGUUCUCCUACUACCUUGACUCCAAAAGAAAGUAACACAGAUUCAUUCAAAAGGAUGAGCUUUAGAAAGUCUGAAAAAAGGACAACUGAUUUUAAGAACACCGCUCUCAAGGCUGAGGAAUCCAGGAGCCUGAGAAUUAAUUCAAGCACUUCAGGAACUCUUCUUCAAAGCCUGUCCUCAUGCCGUCUUGCAAGUGGUAGGCAUCACUUUUCUGUGCUGGUAGAGUCGGUUUCCCAGCUCACAGGGCAUGGACCACUCCCAGGCCAACUCUGCCGGCAGAACCCAAACGAUAAAUACAAAGUACUAAAGUAAAAAACAAGCAUAGCUCAAGAAAUAACAACCAACAGAAGAGAAAAAAAAAAAGCUUUGUCUUCCAUGUGGCAGAAAUAAAGGCUACUGCUAAUCAGUCAUUAAGUA